AUGGAUGACGGCAACAAGAAAGAUGAUCUCGGCAACAAGAACGAUGGACCCGAAUCAUCUUCAGCCGACAAAACCAUCAAAACCCUGCACCCAGCAUACUCUGUUACGAACAUCCAAUCGAAGAUACGUAUCCUUGACGGUGUUAAGGUCCUUGAUCAUAUCGAUGGUUCCCCCUCGCCGGCUGAAACUGAUGUAGAUUUUAAAUCUUGGCAGGAGCUGGAUGCACUUGUGCUUCAAUGGAUUUAUAGCACAGUGUCAGACAACAACCUGCCUCGUGUUCUUGAUGCUGGACCGACCGCUCGUCAUGCCUGGCUGAAACUUGAAAAAGUUUAUCUCAGCAAUAAAAAGGCGCGGGCCGGUGCUCUCGAAACUAAAUUCUGCAACCUUACCUUGGCAGCCUGUUCGUCGUUGGACGAUUAUUGCGAGAAUCUUAAGGACCUCGCCAAUCAACUUGAAGAUGUUGACCAUCCGGUCACCGAAGAAAGACUUGUUUUACAGCUUGUUCGAGGCCUACCUGCAGAGUAUGAUACCACGGCCUCCCUCAUCAAUGCCAACAACGCUGACUGGGAUCUCGCACGCAGUAUGCUGCAGGACGAGAUCAUUCGACAGGAGGCACGCCAAAAGACCACACAUUCGGUUCUGGUUACUGCUUCUGGACAGCAGCCGAAUACUACCCACAACCGAACACCAACAGGUUCAUAA